AUGAUACUUUAUGCACUUGAACUAAUUGCAGCAGCCACCUCACUGCCAGAGAGUCCACCUGUUCCAGAGAAGCAGGGCAAAGUAACCAUUGAGAAGCUGGAUCUGGACAACCUGUACACCUUUGAUAACCAGAAAAUUGCUAUUCAAAUCGAUUACAUCAGAAAGACUGGUGGAAGCGGAAAGGUGAACAACGUUGAAUUCGAAUUGGAGAAGGAAUUCGACGGUGACUUUGAAGUCGACAGUGGCGACCCUGAGACCAACAAGUUGGUCAAGGAGGCCGUAAGAAGGCAGUUCAACAUGUGA